ACAGGAAAGGGAGCGAUGGAGCCGGCCGGUGUCGCUGUGCCGCUGCCGGGGCCGGGCCGGGCGAUGGCGGCGGAGCGGGAGCGGCCGGGCCCCGUUCCCGGGCCCUGCUCAGGGCCCGCGGGGGGUGAGCGGGCCGCGGCCGGACGGUGCCGGUGCUCCGCUCUGCCCGCUCCGGGGCACGGCGCCCUGGAGAAGGCCCGGCGCCGCCUGAGGGAGUUCGAUGUCGGGGACAGGUUCUGCCGCUUGCCGCUGCCCCGAGCCGCCGUGCUGCUGCCGCUCCUGGUGCGAGCGGGGCGGCUGCACCUGCUGCUCACCGUCCGCUCCCUGCAGCUGAGAAGAUCACCAGGGGAAGUGUGUUUUCCAGGAGGUAAAAGGGAAGCCACUGAUAAAGAUGACAUUGACACUGCUCUCCGAGAAGCUAAAGAAGAAGUUGGUCUUCAGCCAGAGAAGGUGGAAGUCAUCUGUAGGCUGAUGCCUGGAAUUGAUAAAAUGAAUAACUUGGUGACACCAGUUGUAGGGUUUAUAGAGGAUACAUUCCAGGGCACUCCUAAUCCAGAUGAAGUGAGCGAGGUUUUUGUUGUGCCUUUGGAGUACUUUGUCAAGCCCUUGAAUUACAAGACCUUCACUUAUAAAACCUCCUCAGGUUACUCAACUCGUGUACACUGCUUUAUAUAUGAUGACCAGGAACAUAAAAAGUCAUUCAAGAUAUGGGGACUGACUGCCCACUUUGCUGUAUUUCUUGCUCUUAUAAUUUCUGGAGAAAGACCUACCUUUGAAGUGGAUUAUGAUCUUGACAACUUAAUUUCAUCCUCUGAGAAUUACUUCACUAAUUUGUAUGCAUCUGUACAUGAAAGAAAGAAGAGUAAUCUGUGACAGUUUGGUCUGGCCAUUCAUUUACUUUGAAAGAGGAAAAAGGAGCUUGGUUUAUUUCCUUUGUACUUCUUGUUUGAAAGCUACACUUGAAUUUCUUCAGAACUGGGAAUUUUUAAGUUGACAAUCCCCAACUGGAUUAAUGUAAUUUUUAAUCUCUUUGAAGACCUGCGAGAAGCACACAAUAUUUUCUGUGAAACAAACUUUCAAAAGGUCUGUUUCAGUUCCUUCUCAGUUUCAGUGCCUUUGUUCUGUGUGUUUCUGUGCUUUGCUUUGUCUAUAAUGAGAUAAUGCUAUUUGAUGGAAUUUGUGUCUGAGUUAACCUAUGAAAACUUUUGGGAUCUGCCUCUUACAUGUGCCAUACGUGGACAACAUGAUUCAUACAGUCUUGUCUGGUAUCUUUGAGCACUUACAGAAUGCACAAUAAAAAUACAAAAGGUUUCAGCUGCUUUCACAA